AUGUCUCCGGAACAUCAGCCUGAGUUGCAUGCCAUUUGGCUUUGCUUUGAGAUAACCCGUGCAGGCGGACAUUUACUAGAGAUGGGGACGGAAGAAUUCUUGAAAUCGAAAAAUAGUGGAAUGCUAGGAAAUGUUCCCAUUGUCGUCGUUCUUACUAAGUACAAUAUGCUAAUCGAACGCAUACAGCGAACACUGGGUGGAAGCUCUUUGAGUGACGAAGCCUACGAGGAACUCACCAAGAAAAACGCAGAAGCCGAGCUGCAGGAUACUUGCAUUGGACCUCUAGAGCAAUUUUCAGGGCCUAAUAUUCCCCACGCUACUGUCUCUACCGAUGAAGACUAUGAAGAGAUGCUCACCCACCUGAUCCAAAUAACUGAAAAGUGUGUCAGUCAGCACUCUGCAUCUGAGGCCUCGGCGACGGCCUCCAUUGCUCAGCACUUUGCAUCUGAGGCCGUGGUGAUGACCUCUAUCGCUCAGCGAGUGCAUCCUGGACUCAAAAUAAAGGCAUCAAUCGACAUCAGAGUUGGGAAGAAAAGAUACUGGAAAGCGCUUGCGUCAUGCCCAACGUUCAAGAACCGCAAGAUGUGGGAUUGUCUACAUGUGCUUCACACUGACAUCGUCAAUGUGUGGAACUUCCAUGACCCUCAUCAUUACUUGCACAGUCAAGAGUUUAGGACGAUGAUGAUGAACAUAGUCGAUAAGAUAGAAGUUGGCCCGACAGCUAAUCCCAACAAAAACGUGGCUUUUGGGUUAUCCAUGGUGGCCGCUAUUGCGGGCAUCGUGUCGGCCCUGGCGGGACCUGCGGCUCCUAUCGUAGUACCAAUCGCAGCAGGUGCCGUACUCGCCGUAUGGGCUUAUGAUGUAUACCAGAUAUUCCACCCAGUGCUUCAGCGCUUCAUGGCCUACAUCAUUCACUUGACGCUUGUGUUGCAGACACUUUUUAUUGUGUCAGAAAGCCAGGAACUCACUUGUAGGGCUAUCAAGCUCGUGGUUGCUUCCUACCUCGCAUCUCCAACAAGUGAAGAAGUUCUUACUUGGAUUCAAGAUUAUGAUAGGCAAUUGAUGUUACAGUCAUCUGCAACACCUACAAGAGCCCCCGCUCUGCUAGACUCCUGA